CUGGCACAAGGCCACAGGAGUUCGGGUUCGGUUUCGCGGCCACAAAGGGGACCAGUCGGAGAAGGGGGCGUGCGUUACACGAGUGCGCGAAGUAGCACGAGGCGCGAGUUCUCAGAUUGGAGCCGUGGCGGUGCCGUGGCGGUGUUGGUGGAAUUGAUGGCGUGCCAUCUCGCGUUACCUGAGGACGCUCCUCUGUGUUCGUGCCGCUGUAGGAGGAGCAAGACGAUUAAGGUUUGGGGAUAUUCCAAAGCUCUUAGCGCCCUUCGCCAGAUUGUGGAGGAGGCAGGUGGCGACCCGAAACAGGUUGGCCUGCAUUCGUUGAGAAUCGGGGCCACCACCACGUUGGCAGCAGGAGGAGACGUACCGGACAGAACUACACAGAGAGAGGGUAGAUGGAAGGAAGGCUCGAAUACGUUGAAAAUAUGUACUAGGAAUAAUAUGGUGGACGUAGACAUGGUAUCCCGUAAACUAGCCUAGGGGAAGAAGACGGAGCAGAAGAAGGGUUAGCAUACACGAAGGUACGGGCAAGGGGACAGAAUGCCAUCCCACUAAACGUCGAUGUUGGUGGAUGUCAAUGGUAUGGAGUACCACUGGGGGGUCUCGGUGUACUGAGACGGCAUUUUGUGUGGACCUGCCAGUUGACAUGGA